AAAAUUCAUAGCAACAAAUAUAUAAUUUUAGGUUAGGUUAGAAUACAAAGACAUCUUUUUAGUUUAGCAUACCAAUUAGUUUUACAAAUUUGUUUUGUUACCAUGAAUUCAUAACUUCAACAAUAUCAACAAUAUCCUUCUUCUUCUCAAAAAAAUUAGGCAGAAAUAAACAGUUAACCUAUUUAAUUGCCUUCUAAAAUUCAUUAUCACUCUAGGUAGAAUUCUCCAACAAAUCUAACAAAUUUGUUAGGACUCAGUAGUAAAGCAGAGUAAUUCAACACUAAUAAUUUAUAUGAGUACACUGAUUCAAAUUAUAAUCCUUUAUAAGAUAGCCCAUUUAUUAACUUUAGUUAGCUAGAACCAACGCCAAGCAGUGGAUAAAAAAGCAUAAUGAAAGUUAAUAGUAAGAUUUUAGAUCCUGUUUACAAAGGAUAGCAGUAUGAACUAAAAUUAGACUCAGAUAAAUAAAUUUCAGCCACAAAUUAAUUAUAAAAUAUAACGAAACCAAAUAUAUUUGUUACUUAAGAGUAUUUAGAAAAUGAUAAAUUAGCUCCAACAAAAAAAGAUUUUGACAUUAGUGGAUUUUAGAUUAAAUCCUAAUAGAUAUCUCCAAAUUCAGUUAAAUAAAAUUAGUAAGCAGCAUAUAGUAACAACCAAUAUUUUACUUCUGCUAAUAAAAAUGAUACAUUAUAGUAAAAUAAUUAGCAAGAUGAGAGAAGAGUGCUUGAUUUUAGUGAUAGAUUAAAUUCUACAGGUAAAAAGAUAACUUAAAUUAGGUCUCCAGCUUUAACUUAAAAAACUAAGCCUUAGCUUGGAUUUAAUUAAUCUAACUUUAAAACCCCUUAAACUGAAUAAUCAGAAUAAAAACAAAAUUAAGGUGGUUCAGUAGAAAAAAAUACUACUCCUGCAAAUAAAACUUUUGAAGAUACACCAGAAAUUAUUAAGAUAAGCAAAAAUGUUUUACAACCAUAAUUUCCUGCAUCUUAUUCUUACUCAUCCUUAAAUAAUCCAGCCUCUUUAAAAAUCAAAAAGCCUUCACCAAAAAAUAUGCAAGCAAAUCAAUCUAUUUUGUAACCAAGUUAGCAACAAUAGUAACAGUUGCUACAGUAAUAGAAUAAUGAAAGUUAAAUUAGUUAGUUUGAAAGCAUAAACUUAAAUCAACCUAGAGGAAAUAACACGAGCAGUAACAUUAAGAAAUAUUCUUAUGAAACUAAAAACUCAAAUGGCAGCAGAUAUAUCAGUGAAAAGCGGAGCGCUAAUUUUCCUUAAAUAGAUAUUGAGCAUAUGGAUAAAUACAGUCAACCUUCAAUCUAAAACUCUUUAUAAAAUAUAAGUAUUAGUUAGAACUAAAGUCAAUAGUAAUCUGCUUCAUCAUAAAAAUAAUAAAAAUAUUCAUAAGAAAAUAAAUAUAGUAGUCUUUACAAAGUCAAAUCUUCUUCAAAUAAUUUCAAUAAUUAAAAUAAUUAUAAUGAACCUAUAAGCAAUAAAGUGCACAAUCAAAAUAAUUUUCAUUAAUUUAAAAAAGUGAAGGAUCCUUAUAAUAAUUAUUAUGAUAGCAGACCUAUUAUACCUUCUUCAGAUCUUAAUAAUUUAAGUGAUAUUUCUGAAUAAGUAUCCAAGCAAACUCCUUCUAAAGUGGCAGGCUACCACAGUGCAAUAAACUAAAAUUUAAACUAGUCUGAUAUUAAAAAGAUGUAAGAAUUUCCUUAAAAAAAGAGAGAAUUAUUGGAAUAGCAAAGAUAACUUCUUUAAAAAGAAAGAGAAAUUCUAGAAAGAGAAAAAGAGCUUAUUGAAUAAGAAGAAGAAAUAUUUUAUGAAACAAGCUAAGGAUAAUUAACCUAAAUGAGUCCAUCUCGCUCAAGUAACAAUCCUUUAAAUAUGGCUACAACACCAAAAGAUAAAACAUUAGAUUUAUAAAAUUAUAUGAACACUCAACCAUAUUAAAGUAACUUCUACCUUGAUGAUAAAAAUUAUUCUCAACAAUAGUAAUACGAAUCAGUAAAAUCUAGUAAAAAAUCAUAGUAGAACACUCAAGCAUUUACUGGAACAGAUAAAAUUUAUGAAAAGACAAUAAGAGACAGCUAGAAUGUUAACUCAUAGUAUAAAUUAGGCUUUAUGAAUAAUUCUUCUUAAGCACCUGAAGAGCAGAAGUAGACUCUUAAUUAAACUGAGCAAACGAAUAAAAUAUCUGCAGACAAAAAAACUAAUCCAUUUUACUAUACAUUAAAUAGUCUACAUGCAUCUAAAAAUAGCUAACCUACCCAGUAGUUUUAGUACAUUGAUUAGUUUUAAUAGUAAAAAGCAAUGUAAAUAUCUUAAGAAUAAAAUUUUUAGAGAAAAAAAAGUGAUUUAGAAUAAAGCUUCCAUACUAAUAUGAAUGCAGAAGAAGAGAGAAAUGUCAAAGACAUAGUAAAUUAUUUUAAAACAGACUAAGAAAAAACUAAAAAAUCUUCCCAUAAUGACUAAUCUAAUAAUAUUAACAAUCCAUACAACAAUAAAAUAAUAUAGUUACCUUUAUCUAUGAAAAAAGAACUGUCUUAAAAAAACAAAUAGCCUCAAAUAACAAACUAAUCACCACCUGAAAGGACUGAAGAGACUUUAAUCCUUGAACUUAUGACUCCUCAAAAGAAUAAUGAAUAAAAUGAAUUAAUGGCUAAAAAUUUAAAUCCUCCUUAACCCUUUUAGAUAGAUACAAAUAACCCAAACGCUUACUAUAUUAAGAAGCAAAAAAUAUUUUCUCCAAAUAGCUAAAAAAAUAGAUCUUCAACACCCCAAACAUACUUUUCAAAAAAUAACUAUAACAUAAAAAUCAGUCCAAAUUAUCAUGAAUUUGGUAUACAAGUUGAUGAAAAUAGUUUUUAUGAUAGAGCAUCAUUUAUUAAUAAGAAUUCUCCUAAAAGCGACGUAAAUACUAAAAAGACAAUGACAGUAAGUGAUAUUAAAAGUAUUCCUAUCAGUGCUAUAGACAAAGGUUCUAUGGUUUAAGGAUAGUCAAACUUUAGCUCUCCAAUUAUGAAAUUUUAAUAUUAAAACGAUGCUAGUACUAAUGACUUCGUUGACAGCAACUAGCCAAUUAACUUGUCGAGCUAUAUAGUUUCUAAUAAGUAAUCAAUAUAAAAAGGAGACCCAUAAGUGAAUGAUAGAUAUAGAUCAGUGAGCUAGAUAUAAUAACCUUAAAAUAACUUAUAGUCAUCUAUAGAAUAUGUUUAUGGCAAUAAAAAUGCAAAUAAAAAAUAAAAGAAUGAUUUACUUUGCUUCGGCUGUGGAGAUACUUAGACAUCUACAGAAAAUAACAUAAUAAUAGAAUCUGAUCAAUUACAUCAUUAAAUAAAUAAUUAGAAUUAAGAUCCAAUAUAAUAAAAGCAAACAAGUUAAUUCCACACAUUUUAAACUUAGCCAUAAGAAAUUGCUUACCCUUUGUCAAAAUCUUAUUAACCUACUUAAAAUAAUCAUAUAAAUAAAUAAAUGCAGGAUCAAUUUAUUCCAGAAUAGACAGUCUAAUCGACUCUGAUAAAUUUUAAGACUUAGGAAGAUUAAAAGGCUAAUCCUCCACUACUGACCCAGCUCACAUUUAAUCAAGACUCUAUUCGCUCUCCUUACUUUAGAGAUGAAAGAGAAGAGCAGGUAAAAAGAGCAAAUAUUUCUCCAUAGAAAAUAUUUUAUUAAAGACCAAAUGCUAGUAAAUCUCCAAUUUAAUAUAGUGUAGAAAAAGUUAGCUACGAUCCAACAGAUUAUAAAAACAAUAAUAAUUAGAGUCAUGAUUUUCAUAGAAAUCAUAUUAACAAUCCUGUUUAUCCUAUAUAAAAUUCAGGUGCGAAUAACAUCUCGAAUCCUAAUUUAAAUAAUAAUCUGUAAACAUAAGCUGAAAAAUAAGAAAAUGCACCACCAUUCUUUAAUCCAUCAAAUAAUAAUAGCUUCUUAAGUAAUAUUCCUAAAUCAACUUAGCAAAAAAAUAAUGAAAAAUUAGAUUUCAGCUAUAUUAACGGGAUAUAAAAUAACACUUCAGGAGUUUUUCACUUGGAUUCUCAGGAAUUAUUUUGUGAUAAAUGUUUAGAAUUCAUAACUUAAAGCAGAUUUUAAAACCAUUAUAAUGUAUGUACUGAAAUGAGCCAAUUUAAAUUCUUAGAUAAAAAAAAGUAAAUGGAACUAAUAAAUUAAAAAAUCCUCAAAAUUGCAUAUUUGGUGAAGAGAAAAAAUUGUUGUACUUCACCAUUAAAAGGAAAGCUACAGAGCUAAUCACCAAACUAAAGAACAUUUGCAAACCCAAAUUCAUAAUAACAAUAGCAGUAAAAAGAAAAUAAUGAUUAAACAAAACUAAGAAAUUAUUGUAAUUAUCUCAACGAGUGCUUAUGUGACCUUUCUCAUAAAACUAUUACAUACUAAGAUUUCUUGUAAGGUAAAGAAGAUUUGUAACUUAUAAUAUAAAGAAUUAAGAGUAUAAGGGACAAUCAUAAUAUGAGUUAUUAUGGAGAAAUGGCUUCUGAUAUACUAACUAUCAAAAAUAAUCUUAUGAUGUAGAAUCCCAUUUGA